AUGAAGUUGGUGGUGUACGAUGACCUUCCCAGUCCGGGUGUCCAUCAUCAAUCCCACAACUCGCUCUCGUCGUGGAUUGGAGAAGGCCGGCACCUCGCCUCGCAAGCAUCUAGGCGAGCAAGUAUCUCCUGGAAGAGACAGACGGCGGCACCGUUAAAGAUUAGCGCUCCGUCAGACUUUCGCCGAGUCCAACCGUUUCAACUCGAGCCGUCGCCGACAAAAUUUCAACCUCUCCAACUCAGUAUACACCGAUCUGGUAAUCGGUUAUCAGAUCUUCCUUCCUUUGAUUCCUUCGAGGUGGUCGAGAAUAGCCAACGUAUGACGCUGGCCGUCCCACCGCGUGCUCGUUCCCCGACUGAAAUUCGAUCUCGACGGUGUCAGUCCAGCGAGGCUCGAUUCUCCGUGUCUCGCAAGCCGGUCGGUUCUGCAAAUCGCCGGUCGCUUGCGAAUCUAGAAGAGCCUAUUGAAACGAUUCAGUCGGUUCGUAUUGCAAGUGCUCUGAUACCACACUUCUGUUCUGUCGUUCCAGUCGAACGUCCUCUACCAGAAGAGCCGAUGCCACCUCAAACCUUUGCAUCCACCAUUCCUGCUGUCCCUACCAUUCCUACUCAUGUCAGGUCAAGGUCCGAGGAAAGCAACAUCACCAUGGACACCGAGCUGUCCAUCCAUGUCAGCAACGAGGUGUCGGGAGACGCCGCUCAAACUCCCCCAUCUUCGAAACAUGGCGAUGCAGACGAGCCAUCGUUCAAGGAUUCACCAUCCACAGUCAGCUCACGUACCAUGCCAUCUCGGAUCUCCUCCUUGCAUCGUCCUUCCACUGCGGAGAACCGCAGGACUAUCGCUUCAGUACCACUUCCCAGUCGUGUGACUCAGUGGAUGUUCCCCAGCAAGCCAUCUGGACCCAACCAAGUCUCACUUGCGGGCGAGAAUGGGUUUGAUUGGGAGAGAACCCGCACUCUGAGCGGUACCACCGUCAACUCAACUAUCACGACUGUCCAGGGGGUGCAAGAGCGCGAAGACCCAAUGCUUCAGUCUCCAGCACUUUGA